AGAUCACAGUUUAAUUGGACGUGUGUUUAGUACGUUUGGUGUAUUUGAAGCCAUAGUUAUAACGUGAAAAUGCUUUUAAUAAUAAUUAGCACUGAUUUUAACCAUUUAUUGAUCGGAUAACCGAUUAACACAUAUAUCUAAUAAAUACUUAUUUUGUGGUUUUCAUCAUUCAAUUGAUUUACAUUUUGACACAUUUUGUCAAACCAUAAGUGAAUCAUUGAAAUGAAUGCUCAAAAUGGCAUCAAUCAGUCCAUUGGCAGUGAUAUGAAACAAGAAGUAAGUCUUAGUGAACAAAAUGGUGACAAUAAUGGUCAGAACGACACCACCGAAGAGCCCGACCCAGAGGUGGACAUCACUAUCUCCAACGUUGUCUCCACUUUUAGUGUCAAAUGUCACCUCAAUCUCAGACAAAUCGCUUCCAAGGGAUCUAAUGUUGUCUACAAAAGGGAACAAUCGAUGAUUCUGAUGAAACUGCGAGCGCCACGAGUGACUGCCAGCAUCUGGUCGUCGGGUAAGAUCACGUGUACGGGAGCCACGACUGAGGAGUCGGCCAAAUGCGGUGCGCGUCGUAUCGCGCGAUGUCUGCAGAAGAUGGGCUUCAAAGUGAAGUUCAAUUCCUUCCGAGUGGUGAAUGUGUUGGGCACUUGUAUUCUGCCCUUUGGCAUCAAAAUCCAUGAAUUCAGUUCAGACCAUCGGCCCAACGCUAGUUAUGAGCCAGAACUACAUCCCGGCGCCACGUAUCGCAUGAAGGAUAUCAAAGCCGUACUUAAGGUGUUCCAGACGGGAGCCAUCACUAUCACAGCGCCGAGUAUUGGUUCCGUUCAGAACGCCGUCGAAAGGAUCUAUCCAUUAGUACACGAAUACCGAAAGCCUAAACCCAAUCAAAGCACUCAGAGCUCAUCUGCGGCUAAAUUGAAUGGUAAGAAAGAGCCGAAGAAAGAGCCCUCAAAAUUCCUCAACGACCACGACAUUAGUGACCCUGAAGUCAGUGAUGAAGACAUCGUAAUGGACGGGCAGUCGGAGGACUCGGAUGUCGAUCCGGACUAUUCAGACAAAUCUGAUUAAUAUUGAAUAGCUUUCUAUUGAAAUAUUUGUGUCAAUGAUUCUCAAGAAAAUAAGUUUUCAUACUUUUCACAACAAAUUGGUUCCAAUUGUUCUGUGAUAUAAAUGCAGACAAAUGACUGUUAGCUUCGAAUAAAUACAUGAAUAUAAGACACCACUCGUUCGACACAUCUCUCAUUUGAUCUCAUUCUUCAUCGAUAUCUAAAUUGUGUUUAUUAUCAAACUAUCACUCAUUGUAUCUGUUUUUUGUAAUUGUAGUCGAAUUAGG